AUGGCACCGGAGGCAACACAUCAACGGCACUGGGAGCAACACAUCAUCAUCACUGGGAGCUACACAUCAUCAUCACUGGGAGCUACACAUCAACGGCACUGGGAGCAACACAUCAUCAUCACUGGGAGCUACACAUCAACGGCACUGGGAGCAACACAUCAUCAUCACUGGGGGCUACACAUCAUCAUCACUGGGAGCAACACAUCAUCAUCACUGGGAGCAACACAUCAUCAUCACUGGGAGCUGCACAUCAUCAUCACUGGGAGCUACACAUCAUCAUCACUGGGGGCUACACAUCAUCAUCACUGGGAGCAACACAUCAUCAUCACUGGGAGCAACACAUCAUCAUCACUGGGGGCUACACAUCAUCAUCACUGGGGGCUACACAUCAUCAUCACUGGGGGCUACACAUCAUCAUCAUCACCGGAGGCAACACAUCAUCAUCACUGGGGGCUACACAUCAUCAUCACUGGGGGCUACACAUCAUCAUCACCGGAGGCAACACAUCAUCAUCACUGGGGGCUACACAUCAUCAUCACCGGAGGCAACACAUCAACAUCACUGGGGGCUACACAUCAUCGACACAAGUGGCCACACAUCAUCGUACCAGGAGCGCAAAUCAACGGCACUAUGUUCUACACAUUUUUGGUACUAGGGGCCACACAUCAUUUUCACCUGGGGCAACACAUCACCGGCACCAGGGGCGCACAUCAACGGCACUUGGGGGCCAAACAUCAUCGGUACUAG